UAUAGAAACACAUUCAGUACGAUACUCUUCGUCCAUCGUGACAGUCUUAUUUUUGGCUUGCGCAAAUAUAACAUACGUGCCUUCGUUUUGGUAUUUUUCUGUUUUUCUUUUGGAUUUCAUUCAUCAUAUCGGGUAGUGGGGAGGUGAUUGUAACAAGCAGCAGUGAAAAUAUUUCUUACCGCUAACAAACAACGACAAUAAUAAAACAACUGCAGCAGACUGAAUAUUGAGGAAAUAAAGUGAAAAUAUAACGAACGAAAGAAAUAAAUAUUACAGCACAUUACAAGAGGAAUUAACAACGAGGCGCCAAUAUGUCUAAUCAACAACAGCAACAACAAACUAAAAAGAACAUUCCAAAUGGUUUGAAAUUCGUGUUUGGCGGUGGUGCCGGCAUGGGUGCUACCAUGAUUGUGCAACCAUUUGAUUUGAUCAAGACACGUAUGCAAAUUUCUGGAGCUGGCAGUGGAAAGAAAGAAUUCCGUAAUUCAUUCCAUUGUAUACAGACAGUAGUGAGCAAAGAAGGUCCACUAGGUCUUUACCAAGGUAUUGGUGCUGCUCUGUUACGUCAGGCCACCUAUACAACAGGUCGUCUGGGUAUGUACUCUUAUCUCAAUGAUACCUACAGAGCUCACUUUAACAAAGAUCCUAAUGUGUCGGCCAGUAUGUUAAUGGGUGUGAUUGCCGGAGCAUGUGGUGCCUUCAUUGGUACUCCCGCCGAAAUAGCUCUUGUCCGUAUGGCUUCCGAUGGUCGUCUUCCUUUGGCCGAAAGACGUAACUACAAGAAUGUCUUUAAUGCUUUGACCCGUAUUACCACUGAAGAAGGUUUGGCCACUUUAUGGCGUGGCAGUUUGCCCACCGUGGGUCGUGCUAUGGUUGUCAACAUGACACAGCUUGCCUCGUACUCACAAUUCAAGACUUACUUCCGUACCGGUCCUCUGCAAAUGGAGGAAGGUAUCAAAUUGCAUUUCUGCGCCAGUAUGUUGUCCGGUUUGUUGACAACUAUUACCUCUAUGCCUCUGGACAUUGCCAAGACACGUAUCCAGAAUCAAAAAUAUGUCGACGGCAAACCAGAAUACCGUGGUAGUUUCGAUGUAUUGGGUAGAGUAGUUCGUCAAGAGGGUAUCUUUGCCCUGUGGAAGGGCUUUACUCCCUACUACUGCCGUUUGGGACCACACACAGUUUUGACAUUUAUUUUCUUGGAGCAAUUGAACAAAUCCUAUCAAACUUUUGUACAGGGUAAAGAAGCCAAAGGUCUGUGAUGAUAAUUAAGAAAUGAAUCAAUCACCUCCCAUUAUAAUGAAAUACCUAACUAACCAACCAAUACAUACAAUAAUUAUAUAUAGUCGAUGUGUUAAUUGUUAAAAUGAAAUUCCAAUAAAAAAAUAUAUUUAAAAAAGUUAACUUUUGAAA